AGUCCGGGAGGUAGACUUUUGGGACGGUGUCAUAACUGUACACGGUGUCUCUCCACUUUAUCAACUUUCAAUGGAGACCACUAGGAGUUUGGACCACUUUUAUUCCGUACUUUUGUAGUAUUUCUUUCCUAUGCUCGUUGAUGAUUUUGAUAAACAAUUCAUUUUCUCUCGUUCUCAGGAGGAUCGUAUCUAAUUUCUUACAGUGCACUGAACUCAGGGGAAUGCCUGUGUGUUUUCCUUUUUACAGCGUUUAUGAACACCGACUGUAGAAAGUAAGUUAAUGUGUCUGUUAGAGGAGUCGCUUUGGUUUCGGACCCAGUAUAUAACUACCAAGCUAUAAGCGAAGUAAGUCAACGGUCCAUUUGCUUUGGUUAAUAAUUAGAUAGAGCGGUGUUCUGAAUUUAACAACUUCUUUGAGGGUUAUUUUUUCGCAACUCCUCGGUUGUAAAGAAUAUUACUCAACUUUUUGGCACUGCUUUAUCUGUCAACAUGCCUUAUAACUUUCCGGCGGCAACCUGUAACCCAGCCUUUGAAGUUCAAGUCGUCGCUUUUCUGCGUUUUUUGUGGAAUUAUCCAGAAAUAUCUGCGCCCACAGGAUGUGCUUUAUCUUCUCACGCUGUUUGGAAACUCACACACUGUGACUGUAAGGUACAGUGACUCGUGUACACUGUAAUAUUAAUAAGAGUUUGGAUACAGAUGAAUAUUGAUACAGUGUUCACAGGACCUGCCGUUCUUUGGGGAGAGGAUACUACAGCUGAACUAUAACGCAAACACGUUACAAAAGAGGAUACUUGUUGUGUAUCUGGUGAAGCUUAGGCUGCUGGACAACUACUGCACACUUCAAGCUCUAACACGACACAGCGUGUCUUCAUGGUGCCUUUGAGCAUGCAGUGUUUCGCCACCCACAUUAAUGACACUGGAUAAAAGUUCCAAGCUCAAGCUCAUUGUAACUCGGAAGAUAUUCUUUGUUCCACGUGGGUACUGCUUUCUAUAACGUCUCGAGUUUGAAUAUUAACUCUGGUGCUGAAUGGAAGUUUUAGGACAUUCACGCAUGAGUUAUGAUGGCAGUCCUCCAGCACUAAACGUUUGGUUUGUAUCUGUUUAGUCGUCGACGCGGAGAGAAGAAGUGGGGGACGUAUACAUAUACAUUUUCUCCGUUUGUCUACCCGCGGCGCUUGCCAGAUUUGAAGGCCACCAUGUGCGGCCGGGCACCGCCGCUACAGCCGAGGCCAUGACCGUCCCCCAGCGGCGCCUGGCCGGGCUCUGGCCGUGGCUGCUCAUGGCGGCCCUGCAGGUGGUGCUGGGCCAGCCGGGCCUGGAGUCCGAGCGGCAGGUCCAGCGAGCGGUCAUCAAGGUGGCACUGCUGAACCAAGAGUCGACGGGGAAGCCCAUCACUCUGCAAGGGGUGUUCGUGCAAGGAAGUGCCGGCAGCGCGGAGGGAAAACUAAUGCAGUAUCACCCUCUGUCUCUGUGCAACACAAGUGAAGAUGAACGCCAAGAGGGUGACUUCAUCACCAUUGUCAAACUGGAGCACACUGCACGCCGCUGUCUGCCUCUGGUUGAUAAGGCUCGUAUGGCAUUGGACAAAGGAGCUCAGGCCGUGAUCUUUGAUGUCAGUGAUGAUGCUAAUGCUGCUUUUGAGCUGAGAGAAAUAGACUUCCUUCGCGGCCCCGUGGUGCUGGUGGAGGCAGAGAAUGCUGAGGAGUUGAUGGGUUUGGUCAACAAGAACGAAGAGGCCAAAGUUACUAUUGAGCUCCUGGUGGAGCUGCCCAGUUGGCCACAUUACGAUGUUGGUAUCCUGCUCACCAUUGUCCUAGCUAUUCUGACCAUCGUCCUAAUCUUCGCUUUCCGCUACAAGUGCAAGUCCAACCGGACCUGGGACUCAGUCCAUCAGCAGACCAUGCGGGCCAUCAGUCGCCUGGAGACCAAGACGUACAGCUCUCAGGGCUGCUCGGGGGCCCAGCGGCACCGCGCAGCCUGGGGCUCGGCCAGCAGCUCCAACUCCAGCCCCGUCUGUGCCAUCUGCCUGGACGACUUCCUGGACGGGCAGCAUCUGAGGAUCAUCUCCUGCGCUCACGAGUUCCACAAAGAGUGUGUCGACCCCUGGCUGCUGCAGCACCGCACCUGUCCCCUCUGCAUGCAUAACAUCAUGGGGACGGAGCGGCAGCCCCAGAGGACCAGCAGACAGAGUCAGGAGCAGAGCCAGAGCUUCCUGCACCCUCAGCCCUUCAGCAGCCCACACAGCCACCUCUUCCCCCAGCACGCCAUCCCCUUCUCUAUGAGGCCCCACUAUCCCCGGGGACCCUCAGGACCGUACCCCUCUCUGGGCCACUACUCUGGCUCAUCUCCCGUAGACGCUCAGACACUACGCUUCCUCACCAGCAGGCAGCUCGCCUCCAGCUGUGGGUACCACCUUCCUGUGGAGGGUCCCGGGAGGCCCCAUAGGAUAAGUGGUAACUGCAGGACUUCCACUCACCACUACACCCCCCGUCGGCCCUGCCACAACAACUACCGCUCAGCCUGCCCUGCCCAGCGCAGUGCAUCCAGCUCCAGACUGCAGCACGCGGCCUCCUCCACGCCACAGCCCCGCGGAGCCCCCCCCCACACCCGGCAGGAAGACGGCAGCUGCUCGGGGGGGAGCUACCACACAGAGCGCAGCGGGUACUUGGCUGAUGGGCCAGCAAGUGACUCCAGUUCGGGGCCAUGUCAUGGCUCCUCCAGCGACUCCGUCCUGAACUGUACUGACGUGUCUCUGCAGGGGGUCUAUGGCAGCUGGUCCACCUUCCGGAGCUCCCUGAGCAGUGACUAUGAUCCGUUUGUGUAUUACGGGCCAGGUCCUGGGCACGGGCCCCGCAGGAGCAGCCUAGAGGAAGGGGCCCAGGCCCGGCCCAGGUCUCUGGAUUCUGUUGUGAACAAAGCAGGCUGCCCCGAGGAGCAGCCGCAGACUGUGUUCAGCCACAUCCACUACCACCGCCACAGACACCACCACUAUGAGGAGGGGGAGCACAGCAGGGGCUCGGACGAGGAGCAGGGGGCCGCUGCUGCUGAUGCAGCUGCUUCUGCUGCUCCUCUCCUGGACAAAGACUCGCCCAUGUGCCCCCCUAAGCACAGCCCCUGCCAGUGCCCGAAGCCAGAGCCCACAGACCGGCCCAGUCCGGGGGCCGAGUGUCAGGACCCUAGCAGCCCUCCUCCAGUCCUGGUGUCCCCAAUCCCCUUACAGCUUCAGCCCCACUGCUGCCACCAGGGACACGGACACCCUCCCGCUCCACUUGGGCGAGUGGGGGGCUACGUGCACGACGGCCCCUCUGUUCGCUUCCACCAGAGCCUGGAUCUGCAGGACGACCGCAGCAUCCACAUCCACUAUGGUCAGGGGCCCGGCUUCUGCUGCUCCCCCCCUGAGCUGCACCCCGCCCUGCUCCCCGUGCCCCUCAUUCUGGACUCUGGGGGUAUUGAGGAGUGGCCCUGCUAUGCCGGGGCCCAUGUUGUGUGGCAAAAGCGGGUGCAGCAGGCCCGCUCAGAGCCUCAGCUCUUGGGGCCCGGGGCCCCUAUGGACAGGCCCCCCUGCAGGUUCUACCACGGUCCUGCUGCUGACUGUAACACAGACAUUUGUUUGUACUGCCAAACUUUACACCACAAUCAGGGAUCAGAAGAGGAGUCCGGUGUGUGAGAACUUGUUGAUAAUCAAGCUGCUACCCGGGAGCCAGAAUGGACAGGCCUCUCAUUGGCUAUCGCUCUCACGUCUUCCACAUUGUUCCACUAGCAAUUCCCCCCAGGAUUCAGAACUCACACUGAAAUGCUCUUUCGCCUGAGUUGGAUUGAAAUUAUUAUAAUUGAAUCAUGCUAAAACUUAAACAAAUACUUUUUUAAGUGAAGACCCUUCAUAAUGUUGAAAAUACAUUGAAUUAUUAAAAUGUUUGGGAGCUGCUGGAGAAACGACUCAUAAACCACAAAGAGGCAACAAGGUUUUUCUGCAUUUCUCCUCUUCAGAUAUAUAGGAAUAAUAUUCAUUUUGGAUAUGAUAUCACAAGUUCCCACGCUCCUUAGCAAUGAAUUAUCCUUGCUUAGGGUGUUGAGCCCUCAUGAAGUGAGACUCCAUCUCUGCGUUGCUCACUCUAAAGCAAAAAUAACUUGAUUUAUCUUCGAGGUACUAUCUUUCACUCUCGUGAUCUGCGUCUUCCUUCGCUGAGUCCAGUCUCAGCUGAGAGAAGCUUUUCUCUCCAGCCUACCUCAGCUCAGAUUUCUUAACAUGCCUCACACAGGGGGUCUUUAAAAGGUACUGCUGUAGUGAUUCUUUUUAUGUCACAACCAAGUAGCUCCCACAAACUCAACAAAAAGUGUUCCUCUUGGCAGUGCGACCUGUCCAAAAUGGAGAGGAAGGUUGAUGCUCAGCCCCUCACACAGCGAGCGUUCAAUGAGGUAGCUGAGCCUUGCAUGGGCCCUUUUUCAUUAUUUCAAUAAUGGCAGCUGUUUUGUUUGUGUUUUGGAUCAUUUUCUGUAUUUUUUUUUUGUAGUAUGUAAUUAUUAUUUUUUUAUCCUCUCAAAAUGAACCGGUUUGACUGAAUUAUCCCGUCGUCAUUACAAGCUAGUGUAAACUUGUUCUCGUCAUUUCUCUUGCCAUUGGUGUCUUCACAUGUUGGUGCUGUUAAACCUCCCGAUCAGUGAAAAGUGUACAGGCCACAAUACAACCAUAUCCUCUGCUGCUUUAACGGCUAAUUCAUCGCUAUGUUGUGUUAUUCUCCAAGGGUGUACCCUCCCUUUGUCUUCCAGGAACUAAAGCUCAAGGAAAAUGUUCUACAUUGCCGCUAUAGACCAGAAAAAGUGAUUAUUUCAUGAUAUAACCAGAGUAAAGCCAUGUAACCGAACAGUCCCGAAACAUCCUUAAGCACUUUGAAUUGCCUUGUGUUGAAAGGUGCUAUAUAAAUAAACUUGCCUUGCCUUGCCUUGCCUUAAGCUCUGCAAGCUUCCCCAGUGAUUUUCACCCUGACCCUAGAACAGACAUUCUAAGUUGUUUUAUCUCCUGUGUUUAUGAUUUAGGGUAAAUCUAUAAGGAUACGUAAUGAUCAGGAUAAGCAGUUUUUGUUAUCAAAAUGAGUAUUACAAUAGCAAACGAGUAACCAAAAAAUCCCCUAAAAUUAUACUGGCAAAUAUUACAUUUUAUUUUCUCACCUAUAUCACAGAUUAGACUUUGUUUUUUCCAGUUUAUACUAACUGUGGCAAACAUUGUAUCACAUCCUGGUUAUAAUACACAUAUAACAAUAUCAUGUAAACAUUUUUUGGGGAAUAACUUUCCAAGAACUGUUCGAAACGCAAUUAUAAAAUCAUGAACUGAAAAUCUGAUACUGCCCUGACAGAAAAGAUAUCCUGGAAAAACCUUCUUGUCAUAAGUCAUAAACACAGGAAAUGCAUCAUUUCAGAUCAGACGUAAAAAAAAAUGCAUUACAAUAAUUGUUUUUCUCAUUUGCCUCUCAGGGCUUCUUAAGUAAUGAUACCCCAAUCGGUGAAAGGUCCUGUGUUGUUGUACAUUUGCAUUGUUCUAAAUUAGAUUCAGUAUUUAUAUUUUUUUAAUUAAGAUGAAAUAUUUACGCCAUCCUUUAAAAGUAAAAAUCUAAAUAUCCAUUAUCUUCUCACCCCACCUAUUUAGCCCCUCUGGCAGACAGAACAUGUGUCCAGGAAAAAUUACUCUGAUAACUUAAAUUGUGUGGAUAGUAGUCAGAGAUGGCUUUAUUUGUUUAUCUUUAACACAGACUCCUCUGCUAGGCUAAAUUAUCACACAUUAGAGGAAUUAGAAUGCUAUAAUAGUGUGGACUUCCCCUUAAAGGCUAAGUGAAAUGUGAAUGGCUUUACUCAGCAGCAGUCAGAUACAGUUUAAGCAGACACAGAGCUCAUGGGUAUUGCAAUGUAACCAGUAGCACUUAAUAAAAAGCCUUAUAUGUGCCUUAUUCAUAAAGAAACUGUUCAUAAUCCUCAUUCAGGACCCCCCCCCCAUACACACACACACACACACACACUCACACACUAAGCUCUUACCUGUCCAACCAAAGAGGCAACAUCUUGAGCACAGUGAACUUAUAACUCAGUAUGUGUUGGCAACCCUUUCCUUAAAUAUAAGAACAAAAUGUGCUUUUGUGAAGAGGACCUGACAGAAUUGAAGUGGAAAUAAUUUUGGAAUCAAUAUUUUGGACAAUCAUGCAGAUUUUUUAACUGCAGUCAUUUGUUCUUAAACCCCACUUUGAAUGUGUCAACGCAGCGUCCUCCAGACAAAGUGUCCUUGUCUGUUAUUAUUGGUGCCUAAACAGCCUCUGUCUGAGAUGGAAAUUACUGAAUUACAAGCAACACUUACAGGCUUGAACAGAUUUGAUAAUUUAAAGAACAAAACAUCCCCAAACCGUAAGCACAUGAAAAAUGAUGCCACAUAAUAUCUGAUGUAAUUUCAUCCUGUUCAAGAUCUUUCUCUUUGUGUGGUUUAUUUUUUAUUUUUUUUAAUGUUUUUGCAAGAAUAAUGAGCUGAAACUGCCUUUUCUAUGAGUAAAAAAAAUCCCUCCAGAACGUUAAGGGAUAUGUCAGUAUAUUUUGGAUACUUUGUGUACAAAAAGAGAACAAACAAAAAAACAAAUGAAAUAGUGUUGUAUUUUAUAUAUAAUAGAACAUUUCAAUAUAGUGACAUGUCACUAAUAUAUUUAUUUACUAAUAUAUUUAUCCAUUUUGUCCAGGUUUGAAAGAGUGGUUUCUGUAUAGACUGAAUGUUUCUAUAUGGAAACUGAGCAGUGCCAUCACAGAUGUAUCAACCUGUCUUCAUUCCAAUUAUAUGCAAAUAAAUUAUUUUGAAAUAAAA